AUGUCCAAGGUACUGCUUCUCGGCUCGCCAGAAGGCAACAUCCAGCAAGCCUUCGCUAAGGCUGCGAUCAUCCAAACCAAGCAGGCAUUCGAUGUAUGCAUCGUUACCGGUGACCUGUUCAAUGGUCAGAACGAAGACCAGGUAGAUGCGCUGCUACGAGGUGACAUAAAAGUACCAAUCACUACAUACAUGACUCUGGGAAAACAUGCGCUCCCAUCGACAAUAGUCGAGAAGGUACAGCGGGAUCACGGAGAGAUUUGUGAGAACCUCUUCCUGCUCGGGCGCGCAGGGUCGUUGACCACCGCAGAAGGUUUGAAGAUGACUUUCCUUGGUGGAGCAUACGACGUGGACGCAUACAAUGCCACUGUCGAGGGUGCAGAUGAGUAUUCGCCGUAUUUUACCCACGCAGACGUCGAGAAGCUUUGCUCCGCAUCAAAGCCCGACUGCGACAUCCUCAUCACCUACGAAUGGCCAGAGUCAGUGCGACAGUUCUCCAAGCAAGAUUUGGCUCGUGAUGUCAAAGGUGUUCCGCCUGUAGCACAACUCGCCACCGCUGUCCGCCCCCGGUAUCACUUUGUCGGCUCGCAAGGCAACCUCUUCUACGAGCGCGAGCCAUACCGCAAUAUCAAGCGAGCCGACGAAGAGGCUGACCCACAUGUCGCCCGAUUCAUCUCGCUUGGUAAUGUGGGCAACCCUGAGAAAAUCAAGUGGUUUUACGGCUUCAACAUCGUCCCUAAUCAGACACCCCAACCUGAGCCUGCGACUACGACAGCUUACCCAUACACGGAAGUCAACACCAAGAAGCGCGGACUGGAAACGGUCACGACUGGUUCAAAUGGUUUCUUCUGGUCACCGGAUGAGUCUGAGCCGAAGCGCGCGAGACGAGAAGAAGAUGGAGCCAAGAGGGAACCGCCAGAGUCCUACGUAUGCGCACGGUGCAGCAUUAAAGGUCACUGGAUCCGAGACUGCGAUACCCUUCCCGAAAACUACGUCUGCAAAAUCUGCAAGCAGACCGGCCACCUCAACAAGAACUGUCCAGAGAGAGACGAAAGCGCACCAAAGAAGCCAAGGAGGGGAUACAAGUGCAAGAUUUGCGGGUCUGGUGAUCACUAUAUUGGUGAUUGUCCUGAGAAGGGGAAGUUGUCUGCUGACCGAGGACCGAGGAUUAAUCCGGAUUCAUGUUUCUUCUGUUUGUCGAACCCGCGGAUUGAGAAACAUCUUAUUGUUUCGAUAGGUAUUGAGACGUAUGUUGCGCUGGCUAAAGGCCCACUUAUGACGUCUAAGACCAACGCGAAGCUGGAAGUCCCUGCGCAUGCACUGAUUAUCCCAAUUGCUCAUCAAGCAACACUGGUCCACUCUCCAGACACAAUAGCUGAAAUGGGGAAAUACCGUGAAGCGAUCAAAGCGAUGUACGCUGAACACGACUGUGUUCCUGUAACAUUCGAAGUCUCACGGUCAAGUGGUGUCCACGCGCACUGGCAAAUCAUCCCAAUCCCCAAAGAAAAGGCUGACGAAGUCGGACCUAAGUUCAUGGAGUUAGCCGAACGAGAGUCAUACGAACUUUCCGAACGUGCUCUGCAAGAAGGUGAAGAAAACUUCUUCCGAGUCAUGCUACCUAAUGACACAGAACUCGUCCACGCAAUCAAUAAGCGGUUUGAUCUUCAGUUUGGUAGGAGGGUGAUUGGGGAGUUAUUGGGUAUUAGCGAGCGAGCGGAAUGGAAGGCGUGUGUGCAGAGCGAGGAGGAAGAGAAAGAGGAUGCGCAAGGGUUUAAGAAGUUGUUUGCGUCGUAUGACUUUACGUUACAGUAG